CAGCAUCUGCGCUCCUCAGCACUCCGCCUGUCGCAGACGUUACGUCAUCAAUGUUGGCGGUAUUUUGAAAAGGAAGCGGCUGUUGCUAGCAGUAGAUCGGUGGUCUGUUGUUGUUGUGGUCCGCUUUGUGGAGGCAAAACUGCGAAAAAUUAAAAAUAUGGCUGAGGUGAAUCCCAAGGACCUGGCAGCAGCAGAGUUGUCAGAGGCCGCCUGGAGUGAGCUGAUGGACAGGUGUGAGGAUCAGUUUGCUCAGCUGGAAAAGCUUCAGAAUGAGAUCAUACUGAGUGAACCAGAUUGCUGUGAGAAUCCAACAGAGCAGUCAGUAAAUCGACUGAUGGCAACAGAAGCAGAACUGAAGCAGUGGCUGACAGUGGAGCCGAAACUGCUGGCAGAAAAUUCAGAAAUUUUACUUCAAGCUGGAAAAGAGGAGAUGCUGAAGCUCUGCUCUGAACUUGAGAUGGUUGUUUCUUGCUACGAAGCAAAGAGAGAGAAUCUGAGAGAAACUAAGGAACUUGAACAGAAGUGGCUGGAAGAGAAAACACAGGCCCUGAUGGCUGCCACUGAGCAUGUUGAGAGACUGAAGACGGAAAAUGAGAAUAUAUCAGAUCUUGGUGUAUUGCAGGACACUAAGGCUAAAAUCCAGAAAAUGAAGCAAUACCAGGAAAGGCUGAUGGCGUGUCUGGGGGACGUACUGGAGAAGCACGUCCCUCAUCCUCAGAAUGAUCCCAGUACAAACAAAAAGAAGAAGAACGUGAGCCAAGAGUUUGAUGAAGACUUGAUUUCCCUCAAUGAAAUCCUUGAGCUUCUCAUGAACAAGGUCCUGAACACACCACACGAUCCGUACGUGACGAUAGACAACACAUUCUGGCCAGCCUACACAGAGAUGCUACUCCGCUAUGGCAUUGCAGUGAGGCACCAGGAGAAUAACUUCAAGAUCCGCCUGGAAACUUUUUGUUGAGUCAGUGGUGCAUUAGGCAUCUCAAGCACCACUUAACUGCAAGUGUUUCUAAUUUGAUCCUGCUUGUAUAGUGCUGUCAUUAUGUAUAUUUAUGUAAGCUGAUAUGAGAACUAACCAUGCUGGGAAAGCAACAGAUACAGUGAUGUAAUGUCUGUAUAUGUCUAUUCAGACAUAUACAGGCAUCACAUCUGUUUUUAGGUUAAGAACAGUUUUGGGUGUAGAGUAACCAUGGGUCCUUGAUGUUAUGAUAUUUUCCUAAGUUAGGUUUUGAUGUAAAUUUCAUGUUAACGGAUAUUAAUGCUUAAUGAAGUUGAACGUAUUCUCUUACAUACCAUUUUUCAUAAUUUUCACUGGCCAUCAAUAACUAAUGUACGUCAAAAAAUAAAUAAUAAUCUCUGAUGCCUUCAUAUACCCCAAUACUGUACUGUAUAUAUGUAAAUUUUGUUCUAAUGCGUGUUUGUAUAUAUUUAAUUGUCCAUGUUUAAUAAAGUUUGGGACCGUAGAUGCA